GUAAUCUGCGUACGCUCCUAUCGCCUAACCCUAUAACGUAAUAUUCGAGAAAUCGUUCCGGCGAUGCGCGCGCCGCCGCCGUCGCCGGCGGUGGCGAGGACAGGAUUCUCCGACCUCCAGCCAGACCUGGUGGGCGAGAUCCAUGGCCGCCUCAGCUUCCUCGACCGCCUAGCCUUCGUGGCGGUCUCCUCCGCCGCGUCACGCGACGCGUUGAAGCCGGAGCCGCCGUGGCUGGUCCUCCCGGGCGAGACUCCGGAGACCGCCACGGUCUUCUCCCUCGCCGACCGCCGCUCCGCCACCGUGCGCGCCUCGGGACCCGCGAUGCGCGGCCACGUCAUCAUCGGCUCCUUCGGCGGCUGGAUCGUGACCGCCGACGAGCGUGGGCGGAUGCGCCUCGCCAACCCCGUCACCGGCGAUCAGGGCGACCUCCCGGCCAUCACCACCAUCCCCUUCGUCAACGCCACCUCGCCGUGGGGUCACCAUUUCAUCAUGGACAUGGAACCCUUCGUCCACAUCCGGUACAGAGGCGACCACGAGUCGUGGCCGCACCCGUACGGCACGUUCACACACACCGCCGGCGACAUCCGCCUCUGGUUCUACCGCAAGGUCGUCCUCUCCGCCUCGCCGCGCCCCGGCGACUACGCCGCCAUGCUCCUCUUGGACAGCUACUUCGGCGCGCCGGCGUUCGCCACGGCGGGGGACGGCCGGUGGAGGGUCGCGCCCUCGCGCGACGGCGUCGAGGACGCGAUCCACCACGGGGGCAAGUUCUUGUCCGUCACGUACACCGGCAUCGUGGAGGCGUGGGAACGCGACGGUGUCUCCGGCGAGUUCACCGGCAAGGUGGUGACCACGCCGAUCUCAUGCCCCCCGCAGCGCCGCAAGUACCUGGCGGCGGCGCCGGACGGGCGGCUGAUGAUCGUGCUCAAGAACACCAAUGGCGGCGUCAAGAAAGGCUACUUCGAGGUGCAGGUGUUCGACGAAAUGACGCAACGGUGGGAGGCGGCGGAGGACAUCGGCGAGCUCGCUAUCCUCGUCGGCGUGAACAGCUCGGUGUGCGUGUCGACGGCGAAACACCCGGAGCUCAAGGGCGGAUGCGUGUACUACACUGACGACGAGAUCGGGAAGGCAUGGCUGCGGAGAGAGUACGGGUACAGCAACAGCAAGCCGAACGUGGGGGUGUACAGCCUCAAAGACGGCAAGGAGAUGAGCAUCCCGGGGCUCGGCGAGCACCUCAGCUGGCCGCCGCCGGCGUGGUUCACGCCUUCCUUCCGGUGAUGAUAUAUAGUUAGUUCUUGGCCUCUUCAUGGUCUUCUACAUACAUAAUGUUUACAUCUUCAGCUUUGCUUUUAGAGUGAACUUGCGCAGAUCAACAGGCCAGGACAAUAACUCAUGAGGUUUAGUGGCUAUCAUAUACGGAGUCAUUUAGUAAUUUGGUCUACUUGAAACUUCAACCAUAUGUGCAGAUGUCAGUCGCAAAACGGUCUUGUCAGAAACUCAGUUUUCGCUAUUUUGGGCCUUACAAGAUUCUGGGUCGCGUUGGAGCA